UCGGUGCACUAACUGAAUGGCCGACGUUGUCUCGUCUCGAGAAAAGUCGUUUUAAAAAAAAGUCUAUUGUGUGAUAAACGAUGGGUUUGGAGGAGGAGGAGGAAAAUAAGAAUUAAGAAUUGGACGUGAGAAAUACGCGGAUGGAUGGAUUUGCUAUCAUAGAGAGUUGAGGAGAGUGAUUUUUUUUCAAAGAAAACGAUAUUCCGGUGUCCUCAGUGGUUUUUUGGCAUGUUUGUGUGCAUGUGUGGGUACGCGCGUGUAUGUGUAUACGAAUUCUGUGAGAACUUGACGUUUCUCUGGUGAAUUUUUCGUGCGUGCUUCUCGCUCGCAGACCUCCGUUCAAACGAACAACAGAAAAGAUACAAAAAAAUCAUCUGUUACAUCGAUAAUCGUUCGUCGCGACGCUUAAUGGAUACAUCAAAUCUUGCGAUUAUGUUUCCCAGAUGAUCAACGCGUAAAACACGCAACGCGAACAAUCGACUCAGUUAUGGAGGAUAGCGUGAGCGUUAAGUCCAUGGAAUCGGUAGCAACCAGUGACGAAUAUGAAUUUGUGACAGAGAAAGGAAAUGGCAAAAACCAAACUUUGCUGGAGUUACCAAAACUAAAAAUUGCCAACAAUGGUAAUCUGGAAGAUUUGCAAAACGAUUUGCGUGAGGUAUUGACGGAGGAAACAAAAAUGGAUAACCCUGGUGAUAUUAAAAUUAUGGGUGUUUCUCAUAAUACUAGAAAAAUAGGACAGAGCAAAUUUUAUGAAGUUACUCCGUGCGUAGCCAUGGAAAAGCAGGAUGUCAUGAAACCUGAUGAUUAUGGUGAAGAAGAUGCACAUAUGCCAACAGACGUGCAGCAGGAAUGCACAAUAUUUAAUGGUGUAACAUAUCUCGGAGCUACAAAGGUCAACGCUCCAAAAUCAGAGAGCGAAAUCCAACAAAAUAUGAGUGACCUCAAUGCGGAACAAGGAACGAAAAUGGGGAUGAAAGUUUCGGUUUCGAUACCCAGCAGUUCCCAAGGCUCUGUCGUUCUGUACGACGCAGCAACACAACAGGCAAUAACUCAUUACGAGGUGCAAAGAAUUUUGUUUUUUGCUCGUGGCGAUAGUGGCGGAAGUUGUGCUGCGUGUUUUGGAUUCACGUGGUCCCAUGGCGAGACGCGGGAAUCUGCGGUUCACCAAUGCCAUGUUUUUCGAUGCGAUAUACCAGAAGCUGUCGGACAAGUAUCCACAUGUUUUCUCAAAGCUUUCCAGAGGAUUCCUCGGUCCAUGACAAAUUCCUUGACGAGCAGCGAUUUCAAUGGUUUCAACGCUGGUACGGAAAAAAUGAAUUCACGAGUUUUUAUUUUCGAAGUGACGUUGGAAAUCAAGGAGGAAGAUGGCAAGGGUAGCUAUAGCACUGUACCAAAAGACAGAAAUUGCUUCAAAUUACGUAGUAACGUAUCGAAGCAAGUCUGCUUUAGUAUACAGCAAGUAUCAAACAAAGAUGGCGGUAAUUCACUAGAGGUUGAAAGAUGUUUCGGAGUCCUCGUUAGUCCUGGUCGUAAUGUGAAACACAGUGAUAUGCGGCUUCUCGAAAUGCAAAUAAAUCCCCCUGGAUCAGUGCUCCAGGAUAAACAAUGCUACAAUAUUUGUGGUCGCUGGGAUCCUGCGGACCCUGCUCUUGCGAAUCUAAAUGUCGAAACCCGAGAUGGCGAAAAGUUCAUGACAGUUGCGGUUGACCUUGUUAUACGAAGAAUUCAAGAACCAGUCAGAUUUCAGAUUGAAACUUCGGUCAAGGUUUUUCCUCAAAACGAACGAUUUUGGUAUUUCACUAGAAGAACUCUAGUUCAACAGUUUUAUCUCAAUUCCAAAGAGAUAAUAUCGGGCGAUGGUUCUGAAUUACAUUACCAGGUACAAAAUAUCGAAACGUCCGGUGAACUUGACAGAAAUCGAUUGAAUCUUGCCCUCAAUUUGGCGUCCUUGAUCAGAUCUCCAUCACUCACGAGUAUUGAUACACUGACACCGAAAGAGGAAAUCGAUUCUGACGGAGACGAGCCAAUGUUGAGCGGUACCGGUGAAGUGUCGAAAGACUGUUCAGCCGGAGAAUUGGCAAGUUGGGGAGAGGUCCUGGACACCUGGCAAGUGAACGAGCACCGUCCGAAAUUACUAAUUAAGUUAACACGCCAGGGAAUACCGGAAGCUCUACGAGGUGAGGUUUGGCAGCGCCUGAGUAAUUGCGACACGUCUCAGGAAAUGAUGGAUAAAUAUAGAACCCUCGUUACGAAGGAGAGCAGCUGUGAGAGCGUCAUUUUGCGAGAUAUCAAUCGCACUUUUCCGGCCCACGAUUUUUUCAAAGAAACCGGCGGCCUUGGACAGGACUCUUUGUACAGAAUAAGCAAAGCUUAUGCAGUCUACGAUGAGGAAGUCGGUUAUUGUCAAGGACUCAGUUUCCUUGUUGCGAGUCUUCUCUUGCACAUGCCAGAAGAGCAGACGUUCUGCGUUUUAGUAAAACUGAUGUACGAUUACGGUCUACGCGAUCUAUACAAGGAUAGAUUUGAUAAUCUUCAUAUGAGAUUUUAUCAGCUAAAUCGUUUGAUGGAGGAACAGUUGCCAGAAUUGUACAAGCAUUUUUGUGAACGCGGAGUGGAAACGCACAUGUUCGCUGCACAAUGGUUUCUCACACUUUUCACAGCACGUUUUCCUCUCUAUCUCGUAUUUCACAUUCUCGAUGUAUUCCUUCUCCAAGGACUGGACACUCUGUUUCAAGUUGCUCUUGCUCUGUUAAUGCUAUGCAAAAAGGAACUUUUGCAGUUGGACUUUGAAAGUAUUCUAAAAUACUUUCGGGUAUAUUUGCCGAAACGUUGUCGCAACGAGGAAGUUUCGCGUUACGUAAUGAAGCUCGCGUGUUCGGUAACUCUGAAGAAGCUGAAGAAAUAUGAGGCUGAAUUCACGGCAUUCAAAGAGGCUCAAGAGAAUGCAGACGAGUACAGUAACGAGGUAGAACAGCUGCGCGGAGUGGUCACGAGAAACGAAGAAGAAAAACAGAGACUCGAGGCCGAACUUUUCCAGGUGAAAGAGAUGCUGCAACGCGAGGUGGCUCGAGCCGAUACCGAGAGCAGAAGAAGUCUUAUUAUCAUUACCGAAUAUAAACAGAUAUGUCAACGUCUCGAGGACGAUUACAACGCGGCAAAAUCAACUCUCAGCGAUUUACGAGUCAAAGUUUCAAAAUGCGAAAAGUGCAAAGAAGUACUGAACGAAAGCUCCAACGUACCGACAGACAUGAUGCACCCUUUAGAAAAUCGUACAGAUCCGAUGCUUCACAGAGCUCAAGAGAGGGUACGGGAAUUAGAACUCGAGCUUGCACAGACGAAGCUCGCUCACGUUGAAGCCGAAUGUAGAAAUCAGGAUCUGACGCAUCAACUGCACGCAACAGCUUCCGAGCUCCAAGCGGCUCGAAACAGCUGGCCUUGGUUGAGUAAGACGUUGUCGAGUAUCAAAGAAGCUGCAAACAAGAGGGACGUCGUUAUGGGGCCGGGUGUUUUGAGACGUGAGAGUGCGCCGGGUGGUGAAAUGCGCCACGCAUUGCAUUCACAAAGUCGCGACAAUUUAAAAGAAAUGGUGUAAUCGGUCCAUCUUUUACAAAAAAUUAUAAACCUGAAGCAUAUUUUACAAGUAGAGGAUUUUUCCAAGUCAUGAGAUAGGAGAAGCGCGGGGUCGAAAAUUUCGGUUUCCUAUUGCAAAUAAAGAAGAUGUAAAAAAACUGAUAAAAAAUCCAGGGAGUCUAAAAAAAUGGAAAAAUCCAUGAUAUUCAAUGGGGAUCGAGAGCACGAAAGUUCUGGGCACUGUAGCACGAUACUUUUUCCCUGAAAAUUUAUAAUUUACAUAAUCAUAUAUGAAGAAAGAGAGAGGGAGAGUGGGAGAGAGAAAGAAAAGAGAAAACUGCUACUCCCAAAAUGACACUAUACAUUAUUGAUAUUAUUACGAAUUUCGAAACAAUUAACCGUUAAGAAACUUUGUUACGUUUUACAAGUAUAUUCGUUUUUAUUGAAAGUCCGAUUAAUUCGUUUUCGAACGGACGACGCGCAUGCCAUUGUAAAAUCAUCAAUGUUUCAUUAUUAUUAUUAUUAUUAUUAUUAAAGUAAUUGUCAUCGAGAUUGUCUAGAUUUUAUAAUUUUCUUUCUGUCCGUUUUUUUACGUUUGCCGUUUUCUUGUCAUUUUACCAUUAUUACAAACUCACCGAAACUCAUCAAAUGACGUAUUCGAAUUACGAAAAAUUCAACCAUUUAAAUGCGUUCGUUAUUUGUCGGAAAUUUGUUUCUUUUGGCACGUAAAUAAAAAAAUAAAAAAACUGCUCAGCAAAAUGGUGCGAUGAAAAAUGAAUGAGGAAACACAAAGAGCAAAAUAAACGCGCAGGACAAAUAUCUAUGAUACUAUGUUAAAGUAUUAUAAGUGUAUAUGCUGUGUUUUGUAUGGAACUAGUCUAAGGAUCGCCUGGGAGAAAAACCAUUUUCACGAACAAAAUUCCGAAUGAAAAUCUUGCGAGCUCAAUUGGAGGAGGAAAAUAUGCGCUCACGAAAUGAUCAGAGCCAGCUUUUUUUUUUUUGAUCGAGACAAAAAUGAAAGAACAAACUAUAUUUGACAUUCCAAAGAAAUUCUCAUAUCAAUUAGGAAAUGUCCAUAUUUACGAGCUCGAGUUUUCCUCUCAUUUUUACGAGAUUAUUUCUCAUCUGUUUUAUUCUUAUUUUUUCAUGUGCUAGUAGAUCAAAUUCUCUCUAAUUUAUCACAGACGUGUUUUAAAUUAUUUUUAUUUUCAAAUUUCUUCUAAAGCCAAUUUGUUGUGAUUUCCCUAGUUAUUCGUAUUAAAUGAAAAAAUUAUUUCACGGCACUAGCCAACUGAAUCUAAUCCAUUGCUAUCGAGACUCAUUGAAUGAAUAUUACAAAUGGAUGAAUUUACAUUCACAAUUAAUACUUUGCACAUUUCCAAGUUGCCACUGAAUUGAAUAGUUUUUUCUUGCAUCUUUAAUUUACUUGUAUUAUUAGUUUUUCCGUACUGCCAAAAUGCAUAAAUCAAUUUUUUGGAAAGAAACUCAAAACAAAUUUGGCAGAUGAUUGAUUAGAAUUUUUAGGGUGAUAAAUACGAGGGAUAGAAUUUUCGAGUGCACGCCUAGUGACCAGAGUCACCGUAGACAAAGAGAGACAGAGAAGAGAAGGAAACAAGUCGUGUAUAAUGAAAAACGAUUGAGGGAAAAGUCGAAUAAAUUAUUUUAAUGUAAAUAUCGAAGAUUGAACGAAAUAUAUACGUUUACGCUAAAGCUACAAAAUGAAAAAUGUGUAAAGAAUCUCUUGGUUGUUCCCUUUAACUCCUUCCAAAAAAAAAUGUAACUUACGACAGCCUGUCAUUUAAUUUUGCCAUUAUCGAAAUAUAAAUACGUUAAAAGGAUAAACAUGAAAUAAAAAAAUAUACAGUACCGUCCAAAAGUUUGGAAACGUUGUAACUUUUUCGUGUAUAAUAAAAAGACGUUCUCUUAAA